GUGCAGUGCAUUGUGGGAAAGCGUCCAGUGUGGCCUUUGUUUCCGGGCCUGGAGCCGCACUCCGUCUCCUCAGGCGCCUCCGUUGCGUCGAGGUUCCGGGUGCCCCGAGGCGCUCCCACUCCCUCCCUCGGUUGUCGCCCGGUGCGGGCGCCGCGCCACCCCCGCCAGCAUGUCUGGGGUGCGCGCCGUGCGGAUCAGCAUCGAGUCGGCCUGCGAGAAGCAGGUCCAGGAGGUGGGCCUGGACGGCACCGAGACGUACCUGCAGCCUCUGUCCAUGUCGCAGAACCUGGCGCGCCUGGCCCAGCGGAUCGACUUCAGCCAGGGCUCCGGCUCCGAGGAGGAGGAGGCGGCGGGCGCCGAGGGCGACGCGCAGGACUGGGCGGGCGCGGGGUCCAGCGCUGACCAGGACGACGAGGAAGGAUUGGUGAAAUUUCAACCCUCCCUUUGGCCUUGGGAUUCAGUGAGGAACAAUUUGAGAAGUGCCCUGACAGAGAUGUGUGUUCUCUAUGAUGUUCUUAGUAUUGUUAGGGAUAAAAAAUUUAUGACUCUUGAUCCUGUCUCUCAGGAUGCACUUCCUCCAAAACAGAAUCCUCAGACGUUGCAAUUAAUAUCUAAAAAGAAGUCACUUGCUGGAGCAGCACAGAUCCUACUGAAGGGGGCAGAGAGACUGACAAAAUCAGUCACCGAAAACCAAGAAAAUAAGCUACAAAGAGACUUCAACUCUGAGCUUUUGAGAUUGAGGCAACACUGGAAGCUUAGAAAAGUUGGAGAUAAAAUUCUUGGCGAUCUGAGCUACAGAAGUGCAGGGUCUUUGUUUCCCCAUCAUGGUACAUUUGAAGUAAUAAAGAAUACAGAUAUUGAUCUAGACAAGAAGAUACCUGAAGAUUACUGUCCCCUUGAUGUCCAGAUUCCUAGUGAUUUAGAAGGGUCUGCAUAUAUCAGGGUUUCAAUUCAAAAACAGGCUCCAGACAUAGGUGACCUCGGCACAGUUAACCUCUUCAAACGACCUUUGCCUAAAUCCAAACCAGGUUCCCCACAUUGGCAGACAAAAUUAGAAGCAGCACAAAAUGUUCUCUUAUGUAAAGAAAUUUUUGCACAGCUCUCCCGGGAAGCUGUUCAAAUUAAAUCACAGAUCCCUCACAUUGUGGUGAAAAAUCAGAUUAUCUCUCAGCCCUUCCCAAGCUUGCAGUUAUCUAUUUCUUUGUGCCAUUCUUCAAAUGAUAAGAAAUCCCCCAAAUCUACUACAGAGAAGCAAAGUCCAGAGGACCAUCUUUAUGUUCUAGAGCAUAAUUUGCAUCUACUGAUUAGAGAGUUUCAUAAACAGACCUUGAGUUCAAUUAUGAUGCCACAUCCAGCAAGUGCACCUUUCGGCCACAAGAGAAUGAGACUUUCUGGUCCUCAAGCUUUUGAUAAAAAUGAAAUUAAUUCCAUACAGUCAAGUGAAGGGCUUCUGGAAAAAAUAAUUAAACAAGCAAAGCAUAUAUUUCUGAGGAGUAGGACUGCUGCAACCAUUGACAGCUUAGCAAGUCGCAUUGAAGAUCCUCAGAUACAGGCUCAUUGGUCAAAUAUUAAUGAUGUUUAUGAAUCUAGUGUGAAAGUCUUAAUUACAUCACAAGGCUAUGAACAGAUAUGCAAGUCCAUUCAGCUGCAGUUGAAUAUUGGAGUUGAGCAGAUCCGGGUCGUGCACAGAGAUGGGAGGGUGAUCACACUGUCUCAUGAGGGCCAGGAGCUGCAGGACUUCCUUCUGUCCCAGAUGUCACAGCAUCAGGUGCACGCAGUUCAGCAGCUAGCCAAGGUUAUGGGCUGGCAGGUCCUGAGCUUCAGUAAUCACGUGGGACUGGGGCCUGUAGAGAGCAUUGGCAAUGCCUCCGCCAUAACCGUGGCCUCCCCGAAUGGUGACUAUGCUAUCUCAGUUCGUAAUGGCCCUGAAAGUGGCAGCAAGAUUAUGGUUCAGUUUCCCCGUAACCAGUGUAAAGACCUUCCAAAAAGUGAUGUUUUACAAGAUAGCAAAUGGAAUCAUCUUCGUGGGCCAUUCAAAGAAGUUCAGUGGAAUAAAAUGGAAGGCCGAAACUUUGUUUAUAAAAUGGAGCUGCUUAUGUCUGCACUUAGUCCUUGUCUACUAUGAUUUUUUUUCUGGACCAGUUUCCAGAUUUUUUUCCCCCCAGAGAAGUUUCCAGAAACUUUGAGGAAUGUUUGCAUAUCAACAAUAAGCACAAAGAAGAGUAAUCUUCUAAAGGAAUAUUGUUUUUAAAAAGUAAUAAUUAGCAAAUGUUUACUUAGCAUUUUGAAACCUUUCACUUUAUAAGUGACAAGUGCUUUAAAAUGCAAAAUUUUAUGUACAGUUAUAGGGUAUACAAACAUGGAGAGAUGUACUUUUUUUAUGCAGUUGACUUGAAAUAUUACUAACAUGGAUUGACAUUUGCUUUUUAAAAUAUCCCUUUGAUGCUGACAUCAAAUAAAGUAUAUGGUUAAAAAUUCCAGACA